UCUCACAUCCUCAUUGCUGCUGAGAGAUCAAAACAACCACCAAGAUGACGACCAAACCACUGCUGCUGCUGGCUGCACUGACUCUCUGCUGCUGCAUCGCCUCUCUGCACGCUCUUCCGACACAGGGGUGUCGCUGCAUUCGGUCCAUCUAUUCUCAGGUCCCCUUAAAGGUAAUCAAGAAACUGGAGCUGAUUCCUAUUUCAGGACACUGUCGUCGGACUGAAAUCAUAAUCACCCGGAGGAACGGCUCAAAAGUUUGUGUGAAACCGGAGGAGAAGUGGGUCAACUCCCUGCUCAGCAAUUUGCAAAAGUAAUGACUUCAUGUAGUCUUUAUUUCUAUCAGUGAAUGUGUUCUUGUACAUCAACAUGAUUUUAUACAAAACACUUUUAUUUCACAAUAUCUCGAUUAGAUUAACACAGACAGCCUCUUACAGGUGAAGGUUUUAUAUAGUUGUAAACUGAAUAUCUGGGGAAAAGUCAGUUUUCUCUUUUAAAUGAACAUUUUACCCAAGUUUCUGACAUUUUAUAAACUAAAUAAUUGAUAAUGAAAAUAAUUGUUGCAGCCUUUAACAGAACGUGUAUGGUGGUGAUCAUGCAGAUGUGUCGCUAUAUGUUUUAUGUGUUUCUGACUUUAGUUUCCACACUUUUGAAACAUUUUCAACAGAUUCUAUCAGUUUUUGUCAGCACCUUUUUGAAACUUUGAAGACAAAAGUUUAUUCACGUGUUGAGCUUUAAAAUAUCAAAAGAAAAAUGGACGCAAGUGUUGUGAUUUUGAGGAACUCUUAUCUUUUAUCUCUCAAGUCUUUGUUAUCUCGUAUUCAAUUACAAACAAAAAGGUUUUCUGACGGUUUGUAUUUACUGGUGUUUCAUUGUGUCUGAAGGAGGAGAUGUAUCAGAGGAAGAGCUUCAUUUUAUUGUAAAAAGACUGUCUGAACUGUGAAGUAAAAUUGAAGUUAAAGCAUAAAACAGAGAAUGCUUUCCUGUAAGUUUGACAACAUAAUGUGAAUCCGAUGUUCGCGGUGGUGCUGUAACCUCUUGACAUGUCUGUGUUGUAUCCGUGACUUGUCUUCUCAUAAAUAAAUAAAUCACAGACGAAGAGAA